GCCGCCGCGUUGCCGUGCCGCCCCCGGGCCGCUGCCGCCAUGGGCUCUCUGCUCAGCCGGCGCAUCGCGGGCGUGGAGGAUAUCGACAUCCAGGCCAACUCGGCCUACCGCUACCCGCCCAAGUCCGGAAACUACUUUGCAAGCCACUUCUUUAUGGGAGGCGAGAAGUUUGACACCCCUCACCCUGAGGGAUACCUUUUUGGUGAGAACAUGGAUCUAAACUUCCUUGGGAAUAGACCUGUUCAGUUCCCAUAUGUGACCCCAGCUCCCCAUGAGCCCGUGAAGACACUGAGAAGCUUGGUGAAUAUCCGCAAGGACUCUCUCCGCCUCGUGAGGUAUAAGGAUGAUGUGGACAGUCCUACUGAGGAGAAUGGGAAGCAGAAAGUCCUGUACAGCCUGGAGUUCACUUUUGAUGCAGAUGCUCGUGUUGCCAUCACAAUCUACUGCCAGGCUACGGAGGAGUUUGUUGGUGGCAUGGCCGUAUACAGCACAAAGAAUCCCUCUCUGCAGUCUGAGACGGUUCAUUACAAGAGAGGGGUAAGCCAGCAAUUCUCCCUGCCUUCUUUCAAGAUUGAUUUCUCAGACUGGAAGGAUGACGAGCUGAACUUUGACUUGGACCGUGGUGUGUUUCCAGUGGUCAUCAGAGCAGUGGUGGAUGAAGGGGAUGUGGUGGUUGAGGUGACAGGCCAUGCCCAUGUUCUUCUGGCUGCAUUUGAAAAGCAUGUUGAUGGCAGUUUCUCCGUGAAGCCAUUAAAACAGAAGCAGAUUGUUGACCGGGUGAGCUACCUGCUUCAGGAGAUCUAUGGCAUUGAGAACAAAAACAACCAAGAGACCAAGCCUUCAGAUGAUGAGAACAGCGACAACAGCAAUGAGUGCGUGGUUUGCCUGUCAGACCUCCGGGACACUCUCAUUCUGCCCUGCAGACACCUCUGUCUGUGUAACUCCUGUGCUGACACCCUGCGCUACCAGGCCAACAACUGCCCCAUCUGCAGGCUGCCCUUCCGUGCCCUGCUGCAGAUUCGAGCUGUGAGAAAAAAGCCAGGGGCUCUGUCACCAGUGUCAUUCAGCCCCGUCCUGGCACAGAGCGUUGACCAUGAUGAGCAUUCUUGUCUCUUUAAACCCCCUAAAGUGAACACUGUCACCCUGCCCAGCAGGAAACCUAAAAGGAAAACAAGCUCUGACAACAUCCCUCCAGGCUAUGAGCCUAUUUCCUUGCUGGAAGCUCUGAAUGGCCUUCGCUCUGUGUCGCCCUCCAUCCCGUCAGCUCCUCUGUAUGAAGAAAUCAACUACUCUGGCAUGGUGGAUGGGAUGCCCCCUGCAAACCGACCGCUGGUUGGGAUGGACAGAGCCGUGGAGAGCAGCCACCAGAAGGGCAAGCGGAGCAAGUCUCCAGAUAGCACACUACGGUCUCCCUCAUCCCCAAUUCACGAGGAGGAUGAAGAGAAGCUCUCCGAGGACUCGGACUCACAGCCAGCACUGGGCGGGGGCGAGCUGGUCCUGAGGGAGACGAGCUCCCCAGAAAGUGUGGCAGGGGAAGAGAUGGAGGACAGCUCAUCCCUGCAGAAAAGUGGCUGUCCUCCCUCUGUCGAAGACGUCCUGCAGGAUGGUGGCUGUGGGGAGCACAGGAGCCUGACGCAGUCAGACGCAGACCCUCCGGUCGAUGUCUACCUGCCAGGUUCGUCCGACUUCACGCAGACGCUGCCCGGCCGCGGCUCCGCCAGCCCCACGCAGCCCCUUCUGUUCGAGCAGAUGCGCCUGCACCUGGAGGACGAGCACCGCCUCUCGUGA